CUAGGAGAUGACAGUCAGAGAGAGUCCAGUCCAUUCAUCAACUCAGACGAUGACGGAGAACACUAUUAUGAAGGCAAGAACAUGGCCCUGUUUGAGGAGGAAAUGGACAGUCACCCCAUGGUGUCAUCUCUUCUCAACAAGCUGGCUAACUACACCAACCUGACCCAGGGCGUUCGCGAGCACGAGGAGGCCGAGAACGAGGACGGGGUCAGGAGGGUCACUGUCGUUGUCCCCCAGAUGGGAACCUUCAUCGGAGUUUACCUGCCCUGCAUGCAGAACAUCCUGGGUGUGAUCCUCUUUCUGCGUCUCACCUGGAUCGUCGGCACCGCAGGAAUCCUGGGAUCCUUCGCCAUCGUCUCCAUGUGCUGCAUCUGUACCCUGCUCACAGCCAUAUCAAUGAGCGCCAUAGCAACCAAUGGAGUCGUCCCAGCCGGAGGCUCGUACUACAUGAUCUCCAGAUCACUGGGUCCAGAGUUUGGAGGAGCAGUGGGUCUGUGCUUCUACCUCGGAACCACGUUUGCUGGAUCCUUGUACAUACUGGGCACCAUAGAGAUUCUACUGACGUACAUUGUUCCAACAGCGACGCUGUUUAAAGAAGGCGAAGGUGCGGCGAUGCUCAAUGACAUGCGCGUCUACGGCACAUGCUGCCUGCUCCUGAUGGCGCUGGUAGUGUUUGUGGGGGUGAAGUACGUGAACAAACUGGCUCUGGUGUUUCUGGCCUGUGUGGUUCUCUCAAUCAUGGCCACUUAUGCAGGAGUCAUCAAGACGCUCAUCGAACCGCCGGAGUUCAGUGUCUGUCUGUUGGGAAACCGAUCUCUGAUGAAUAAACAGUUUGAAACAUGCGCAAAGAUGCAGGUCGUGAAAAACAACACAGUGACCACCGAGCUGUGGAGCAUCUUCUGCAGCAGUGAAUAUCCCAACGCAACCUGUGACGAAUACUUCACCUUGAACAACCUGACAGAGACGCAGGCCAUACCCGGGCUCCUGAGCGGCGUUAUCAAAGACAACCUGUGGGGCAACUACGGCCCAGCUGGUACGUUCAUAGAGAAGAAAAGCCAGAAUUCAGUCCAGGUCCAGGACACGCCUACAGACAAGCUGAGGCCCUACGUCAUCAAUGACCUCACCACCUACUUCACUCUGCUGGUGGGAAUAUACUUCCCCUCAGUCACAGGCAUAAUGGCUGGUUCAAAUAGGUCUGGUGAUCUCAGAGAUGCCCAGAGGUCCAUCCCAAUCGGAACCAUAAUGGCUAUUCUCACCACCUCUUUCAUCUACAUCUCCUGUGUGGUCUUGUUUGGAGCCUGUAUUGAAGGAGUGGUGCUGCGAGACAAGUUUGGCUACUCUGUAAAGAAGAACCCGGUGAUUGGUAUUCUGGCCUGGCCGUCACCCUGGGUGAUUGUGAUUGGCUCGUUUUUCUCCUGCUGCGGGGCGGGGCUCCAGAGCCUCACUGGCGCCCCCCGGCUGUUGCAGGCCAUCGCCAGGGAUGGCAUCAUCCCGUUCUUGCAGGUCUUUGGUCAUGGGAAGGCCAAUGGUGAGCCCACCUGGGCUCUGCUGCUGACAGUAGGGAUCUGUGAGAUAGGAAUCCUCAUCGCCUCCCUCGAUGCCGUGGCCCCCAUCCUCUCCAUGUUUUUCCUCAUGUGCUACCUGUUUGUUAACCUGGCCUGUGCUGUUCAGACUUUGCUCCGUACCCCCAACUGGAGACCCCGUUUCAAGUUCUAUCACUGGACCCUGUCCUUCUUAGGGAUGAGUCUAUGCCUCUCACUCAUGUUCAUCUCCUCCUGGUACUACGCUCUGGUUGCCAUGGUGAUAGCUGGCUGUAUCUACAAGUAUAUUGAGUACAGAGGGGCAGUGAAGGAGUGGGGAGACGGGAUCAGAGGUCUGUCCUUAAACGCAGCACGCUAUGCUCUCAUCAGACUGGAGGAAGCACCUCUGCACACCAAAAACUGGAGGCCGCAGCUGUUGGUGUUGUGUAAGUUGGACUCAGACCUGGCAGUGAAACACCCUCGUCUCCUGUCCUUCACUACGCAGCUCAAAGCAGGAAAGGGACUGACCAUCAUCUCUUCGGUCCUGGAGGGAACCUACAUGACUCGGGGGAGUGAUGUCAAGACUGGAGAGCAGAACUUGAAAGCAGCCAUGGCCGCCGAGCGCAUGAAGGGUUUCUCCCAUGUGGUGGUGUCGUCCAACCUGCGAGACGGUUUCUCCCUGCUCAUCCAGUCAGCAGGACUGGGAGGAAUGAAACACAACGCUGUCCUGAUGGCCUGGCCGGCAGGUUGGAAACAAGCCCGGGAUUUAACCGCCAGGAGGAACUUCAUAGAAACAGUGAGGGAGACGACGGCAGCUCAUCAGGCUCUGCUGGUUGCUAAGAACAUCGACCAUUUCCCCAGCAACCAGGAGCGUCUGAAGGAGGGAACCAUUGAUGUGUGGUGGAUCGUACAUGAUGGUGGACUGCUCAUGCUGCUGCCCUUUUUACUGAGUCAACACAAGGUAUGGAGGAAGUGUAAAAUGCGAAUCUUCACCGUGGCCCAGAUGGACGACAACUCCAUCCAGAUGAAGAAAGACCUCCAGGUGUUUCUCUACCAUCUACGCCUGGAUGCAGAGGUGGAGGUGGUGGAGAUGCAUGACAGUGACAUCUCAGCCUUCACCUAUGAGAAGACGCUGGUGAUGGAGCAGAGGUCUCAGAUGCUCAAACAGAUGCAGCUGUCCCGCACCGAGAGGGAGAGAGAGGCCCAGCUGAUCCACGACCGAAACACAGCGUCUCAUUCUACAACGAAUGACAAGGCAGCAGGGGCCGCGCCGGAUCGCGUCCACAUGACCUGGACCAAAGACAAGCUGAUCCACGAGAGGAACAGACACAGAGAAAGCAUGGGAGUCAAAGACAUGUUCAGUAUGAAGCCUGAGUGGGAGAAUCUCAACCAGUCCAACGUGCGCAGGAUGCACACGGCUGUGAAGCUGAACGACGUGGUGGUCAAGAAAUCCCAGAGUUCACAGCUGGUGUUGCUCAACAUGCCAGGUCCGCCGAAGAACAAGAAAGGGGAUGAGAACUAUAUGGAGUUCCUGGAGGUCCUGAUGGAUGGCCUCGACCGCGUCCUGCUGGUUCGUGGAGGAGGUCGGGAGGUCAUUACCAUCUACUCCUAGCAUCAAGCGGUUCAUAACUGUUUGGGAGGGUACUGGAAGGAAACUGCUCUGGACAGUAGGACACCAGAGAGCAGGGGUUGACGGAGGAGGGUCAUGACUUUGAGAUGGGACACGGACAAAGAUGUGGGAAAGAGGAAGUGCAGUGCACCCCCCCCCUCUCACACUGUCAGGAGAAACGAGCAACACUGCCACUAAUGUUUUGGAGGACCAUGGUUGCUGGGAAGGACAGGGGAGUCUACCUGCUGCACAGCCUGAACUCAGUGCAUCAUCUAGGGGCACAGAGGUGCUCUCUACACCCUCUCCUCCUGGAACUCCACCACAUCUAUACGAACUGUGUGGCUGCACUGUGGAAAAAAUCUUUCCUCAGAUAAACUGUGUUUCCUGAAAGAGUUGCCAUUUCAAUUGAACAUAUUUUAUUGCUUCACCAUGGACUUGCUGGAGGAAAGAACACAAACUACAGCCUGUUGUCAUAUUUAGCAUUUCACUGAUUGUGGUAUCUGGCAACAAGCUCGUUGGUUUCGAGGAGGAACGCUAACGUAGCGGACAGUCUCUUUAUUUAUUUCAUAUGGCAAGUACUGACUCUGGGAUCACAGGAUGAGCUGAACAUGUUUUUAGCUAUUCUUUUUUAUAAAAUAUCAUGUUUGGCUCAAAUCUCGUGAUCAGAAGUUGUCUGAUGUCAGGGCGAAUGUGGCAGUAUUGAUUGUCUUAAACACUGUUUAUUCACUGCUUUUUGUUGUCACAGAUGAUGUUAGUGUGCCAAGUGAUCAAAGAGGAAGAGACGGUAAAAAAAGCAAUGCAGGAACUUUUGUGAUUUUAGUGAAUUUUAGUGAAUUUAAGUUGAAUCAUGGAUUUUUGUAUUUAAGCAAAAUGUUACUCGGCUCAGUUCUUCAGCAGCCUGUGUGCACUGAUGAGGAAACCUGAGAAAACGCGGAGCCUGUGUUGUAGUAUAUUCAUUUAAUAUGACUGUUUUUUAAGCACAGAUAACGUUAUCUACAGUGUGUUGUUUGUUUAUUCAAGAAAAAAGGCGUGCAUACAUUAAAUAGAUAAAAAAAAAAAAGUUAAGUCUGGAACUCCUCAGUAC